AUGGCUACCAAAGUUGUACUGGGAAUUUUGCUGGGUUUGUUUGCAUUUGAGUCUGUGGUGAGCACUCAUCACGCACCGGAGAGGCACCGGUUCAGGGAAGAAGCUCAGCAAUGCAGGCUGGACAGGAUUCAGGCGAGGCCACCAUCGCGUCGUAUCGAGUCAGAGGGAGGCAUCACUGAGGUUUGGGAUGAAGCUAAUGAAGAGUUUCAGUGUGCUGGAGUUGCUGCCUUUAGAAACAUUAUAAGGCCCAACUCUCUCUCUUUACCUAAGUUCCAUAGCUCCCCAAUGCUUGCUUACGUUGAGCAAGGUGAAGGGUUCUUGGGCCUGAACUUCCCAGGGUGUAAUGUAGAGACAUAUGAGGCACAAUCAGCACAACUUCCAAGGUCAUCGAGGCGAAUACGCUUAGACAAAGAGGAAGACAAACACCAAAAGGUGCGCAGGCUCCGUCGAGGUGACAUGAUCGUCAUCCCCGCCGGCACUGUCCAAUGGUGCUACAACGACUGUGGCCAAGACCUUGUAGUCGUCGCCUUCUUGGAUCUCAACAACGAUGACAACCAACUCGACCUCCGUGUUAGGUCAUCCUACUUGGCUGGUGGAGUUCCAAGAGAAGCAAGACGAGUAUCAAAAUCAGAUGAUCUUGUGAACAUCUUCAGUGGGUUCAAUAAGGACUUUCUUGAAGAGGCAUACAACAUUCCAUCAGACUUGGCAAAGAAGAUGCAAGAAGAAAGGAGCAGGGGUUUGAUCGUGAAGUGUGACGAAGAAAUGUCGUUUAUGACGCCAGAGGAGGGGGAGGAAGAAUUGAGCACGUCGCCAUUUUCAAGAAGGGAAGAGGACUCAAAUGGACUGGAAGAAACUAUUUGCACUGCUAAAGUUCAACACAACAUGAACACACAAAGAGAAGCAGAUGCAUACUCUAGAGAAGCUGGUAGAGUUAACAUUUUGAAUCAACUCAAGCUUCCUAUUCUAAGAUUCAUGGGCAUGAGUGCUGAGAAAGGUCAUCUUUUCCCGAAAGAUCUCUUCUUCAUGCUUCUCGUUCUAAACAGUCCUAUUCAUACCACGGAGAGUCAGGUGAAGGUGCCUGAUGUUGACUCAUACGAAGGUGCAGAUUUGGGAUCUAUGGUGGAACCUCCCCAGAAUUUGUUACAUCCUAGUCAUUCCCUUCCCAUCAAGGCUAGAGAAGGUGUGAAGAUUGAACAUGAAAAGAAAUUGUCAUUGUUGCAGAGUCAGGAAUACAAGGGGGAGGAUGAAAGCAAGCUAGAUAAGACGAAGGCUGCUAUAACUAGACUGCAGUCACUAAUUAUUGUCACAUCCCAAGCUGUCAAUACAACUUCUACUGCCAUAGUUGGACUAAGAAAUUCGGAUCUCAUUCCUCAGCUUGUUGAACUUUGCCAUGGAUUUGAUGUGGAUAACAGAGCAGUCAUUUCCCAUUUAUUUCAUCAAUGGCAAACUGUUGGCUUUGUAAUUGAGGAACGACUGAGAGUGAAGAAAUGCAAAACCAAGUGGCAAUUUGGGGGCAUGAUUGAGUGGCAAUUUGGGGGCAUGUUUGAGUUACUUGAGCUCUAG